GUUUCGACCAUCAUAUCAUACACGCACAAUUCUGAUUUGGGCCUUGGUGGUACAUGAAUCCAUAUUUCCUGAUAAGACUUUAUUCAAUGGUGUGAUGUCAUGGAUGUAUUAAAUCCAGACAAAGAGCUUCAUGUAGAGAGUGCAGAGGAUGACAUUUUUGUCACAAGUGGUUUCCAGAGUGCUGCUGAAUAUCCUCCGACAGAGCUUGAGAGUAAUGCAAGCGAGAAUGAACUCUUACCUAUAAAUUCAGAUUUGCAGAAUCCACUCACAGAACUUGAGAGCGAUGCUGACCAUGAUGCCCUCCUACCCUGUCAUUCAGGUGUCAGAUAUUCUAUAGAUGCUGUUACAGAGCUUGAAAGUAAUGCAGAAGAUCUUGAUGUUGACGUUCCAAGGAAAAGUUGGGGCAAAAGGAGAAGACAAGUAAGAUUCCACUUGGACUCAUCAAGCUGUGAAGGAAGUGAUCUGAGUGAACCCACAGGGAAUAGAAAAAAAGUGAAAACCAACCAUCAAUCUUUCAUGCCUUUACUUGGAAGAAGAUGCUGUGUCAGAGACUGCCUGGCAAAUGUGACACGAGCAGAUGCAGAAUCUGCGCAAAAAGCCUUUCAGGAGAAAUCUUUGGGCGACCAGAGGACGUGGCUGAUGGAGUAUUUCCGGUCUCACUCUUCUUGCUCUGAGGACGGAACAGUAAAUUUCUCAUAUAACAUUGGGUUGGUCCAAGUUUGCGCUACCUCUUGGUACCAGGUCACUGGAAUUGUCAGAUCUAGGUUAUACUACUGGCAAAAACAAUUUAAAGACGGAGUCCUCUAUCCAUUGCCACCCAACUACAUCAAAAAAGGUCAGAAGAUGAGGAAAACGCUUAACGCAAAAAUGCAGCUGAAUACCGUUGCAAGCUCAUGCGGAGAUAGAAUGCCCGACCAAGAAUCCAUUCACCUUCAAACUAGUUUCACCAGGAAAGAAGUGUACAGAACAGUUACAGACAUAAAUGAUGAUGUCUGCUCUGAAUCUCAUUUCAAAUCAGUUUGGAGAAAAGAACAGCACCAAAUCAGAAUCCCUAAGAUCAACCGAUUUUCUAAGUGCGACUUAUGUACAGAGCUAAAGAUAAAGCUUGGGAGAACAAAUGACAAGGGUGUUAGAAAGAAUUUGAUGAUGCAACACCAGGAACAUGUUCAAAAACAGAGUAAUGAGAGACAAAAGUAUUACAAACACAUUCAAAAGGCGAAGUUGCAUCCUGAGAAAUAUAUGUCCAUUAUCAUUGAUGGGAUGGACCAACAUUGUACUGCGAUACCUCAACUUCACCCAACACCGAAAGCUCUGAGUCACACAGAUCAACUCCACACUCACAUAACUGGAGCUAUUGUGCAUGGUAGAGGCCAGCAUACCUACAUUGACUUCAAGGAAUAUCCACACGACAGCAAUCUUACAAUUCAUGUUUUACUGAAUGUCCUUAUACGUUAUGCUGACUCUCUUCCACCAACCUUGUACCUCCAGUUAGACAACACUGCUAGGGAGAACAAGAAUCGACAUGUCUUUGCAUUUUUGUCCUUGUUGGUUGAACUCAAAAUCUUCAAGAAGAUCAAGGUUGGAUUCCUUAUGGUUGGUCACACUCACGAAGAUAUUGAUCAACUUUUCUCACGCAUAUCAACUCAUCUAAAGAAAAAGAACAUCACUACUCUCCCCAAACUUCUCCAAGCCAUCCCAGCUUCUUUCCAACGAGCAGACUGCAUCACAACAUCAGAGCGCAUCAGUCAUAUCUUUGAUGUACGCCAAUGGCUUCUUCCUCACCAACAUACCAUGCAGUAUCACAGUAAACCACACAUUUUUAAGUUUACAAUGGACCAAGAAGAAAAGGCCACCCUGCAAACCAAAGACUGGUCAACCAACCCACACUGGAGAGAAACCACUGGCAGCUCUCACAUCCUGAAAUCGCAUCCAGAGGCGCAACCCAUACUUGUUGAGAAAUCAUUUGUAGAUAUUGCUAUCAGCCAUCUCCCUGUCAAACUACGACCCUAUCUGGAACCAGAAGAUACCGAAGCAUGGAAAUCUUUGUGUGAGCUACUCAUACUUGAAGAAGAUGACAGUGGAGAAGAUGAUGUGACAUUCAGAUGGCCAAUCUGUGAUCUGUUGUUGGCGGAGAAAUCGCAUACAGGAUACAUCAAAGAAGAAGUCUCUCCAAAUACAAGACAAGAUGAACCCUUCAGACAGGUUCACAUUGGACCCAAAGGCAAGAUGGAUCGAAGGGUAGAAGUACAAGAGGGAGACAUGGUAGCAACAUAUCUUCAAGAAUACUCUACCCAUUGGCCUCAAGUUGGAUGAGUAUGCAAAGUACAAUGUGAAACUAUAGAUGUUGAAUGGUACACAGGCACAAUGACAUCCAAGUGGAAGGAAGUCAAACUUGC